AUGGGCCGCCAGUUCCGCGCCGCACGUGUCGCCCAGACCGUGCGGAAGGGCCUUGGGAUUCCCCUCACGCCGCGCCUUCGAGACACGGCGCCACCAUGGCUGCACGUGGUCGAGACCAUUCCGCCGGCCGAGAUUCUGACCCGGACGAUCCCUGUGGCGCAUCAUGCGCCCGAUCCGCACAUGCGCAAGCCACGGCGGACGUACCGGCCACAGCGCAUCGUGUACGAGGAAGACGAGCUGCGACAGACCUUCUUCCGCGAUCAUCCGUGGGAGCUGGCACGGCCGCGGGUUGUCGUCGAGAUGGACGGCAAGGAUGCACGACUGUACGACUGGAGCCGGGGGCUGGUCCAGCCAGGACUGCCUCUAGGGGGAGAGUGCGUGGUCCAACGACAGCUCUGGAUGAUGCACAAUGCCGGUAUGACCAAGGAGCAGGCCUACGAUGCGGCCCGCCGCGAGUUUUAUGCCCUGCGCCACCAGGAGGAGGUGGAGCGGCGUGUCGCCCAGGAGGAGGCCCGCAUGGUCGGCGCCUACUUUGGCAAGUCGGCCCUGCAGUUCGGCAUGGACCUGGAGGACAACACGUACGAGCGCUGGAAGACCUGGGCCGCCGGCGAGACGGCCAAGAUUGAGGCUGAGCGCAGCCGUGCGUACGUGACGUUUGGCACCGAGGCUGCCGAGGAUGCCGACGCGGCCGAAGGCGAUGCGAGCGCAAAGCAGGCCGAGUAG